CCGUUGGGCCUCCUCCUCCUCCUCCUCUUCCAUCGCCACUUUUCCAUUGCCCCCCGCCUUUCCCCCGUUGAAUGUUCCUCAUAUUCUUGCCUCAAUCACUGCCCUUCCCUCUGCGUCUCCACCGCGAUGCUCUCCUCUGCCCUUCUUUUGCUCCCCCGAUGGACUCGCAAUUUGAGCCCUCUUUCUUGAUUUUCAACUGUUUCGUUUCAUUGAAUCUGCUUCCCUCUUCUUCGUGAAGCAGCUGCUGCGGUUGUGUUGUCAGAGUGUAUUCGCAAGAAGGAGAUUGAGGUUGAGGUUUCAUUCGGGUGUCAUCCUUCGGGAUUCUUCUUUACGGAUGCCCCGUUUUCUAGUGCGUGUUGAAGUUGCCGUUCGUAUUGUCUCCUUAUUCUUUCGGACGCUGAGUUGAUUGCGGGCGGGGUCUCUGUCCGUCUCUCUCUGCGUCGUGUUACAGGUUUCUCGUAUUAGGGGGGCUCCGGAAGCAGGGGGAGCAGGGGGAGCUGGAGUUUGAACUUCGCCACGGUGAACGUUCUUGAGCGUCUUGAGGGAGAAUUUUAUGCCGUUUCGCUGGUUUAUUAGUUUCCGGAAGGGUUAGCGUAGAGGCACAUUUUUUUGUAGUCUGGGAGUUGUACCGAUGUGAUUAAUCCCGUGAAAUAGCAAAAGCCAAGCGACGGGCUGGGGCAAUCAAACAAUGGCUACCUAUAGCAGCAGGAAACCAGCGUGGGGAGGACAGAAAGAAAAUCAGCAACAUGAAACGCCGAUGGAAAAGAAGAGGAAGCUCCUCGGGAGUGCAGCGUCUGGGGUGAAAGUUCGGUCUCACAGAAGUGUUUUAUCUGUGGUCAAUAUAAGGGUGGAGGGUAGUCCUGCUGGCAGAUCUUUGGAGGCUGGAACUCCUUCCAAGGCAGGCAUGGCUGCUGUGAUAGGUGAUGGCUCAUCUACAUCCGCGGCAACUGUAGAAGCUCUUUUGAAUUUGAAGAUGUCAGGGAAAACGAAAUUCGAUUUCAAGGGAAAGAGUGAGCAGAUGAUGGACUACAUCAAAAAGCUUCGCACAUGCGUACGAGCCUUUCAGGAGCUGGACGUGAAUCACUCCCAGGAGAAAGCGCAAUACAUGAAGCAAAUUGACGAUGAAAGACAGAGCCGCGUCGAAUCUGAGACUCAAAUGAGAAACCAAUCUCUCCAAUUGGAGUCUAGCAACGCAGACCUCAAAUCCUCACUGUCUCUUUUAGAACAGGAGUUGAGGUUCGAGCAGUCUGCGAAGCAGGCGCUUGUGCGUGCUGAGGAGAAGCAUGUCGAAACUAUUCUGGUCAGAGAAAAAGAAUUGGCUACCCUGAGUGAGCAAAUCGAAAAAUUGCAGGGCGAACUGACCUCUUCGAACAAACAAGUUGCUGUAUUACAAGACAUCAACAAGCGACUACAGGAGUACAACACAAGUUUACAGCAAUAUAAUAGUAAAUUACAAGUGGAUGCCAGUAAUGCCGCUGAGACGUUGUCUCGCACAUUAAAGGAGAAGGCUGCUAUAAUGGAAAGUUUAAGUACACUCCGUGGCACUACGACAUCUCUUAACGUUCAACUUGCCACCGCCAAGGCGACCUUACAAGAGAAGAUCCAGCAACACAAGGACGCAGUUGAAGAGUCAACUAGGCUGCGUGUGGAUAUUCUACGCUUUUCUGAGGAUCGAGACCAGCAAGCUAAUCAGGUUGCAGCUCUUGAAGCUGAGCUUGCGAUGUUCAAGGAGUGUACCGGGAAGUCUGUGGCGGAGAUCAAGCUUAUUAGCAACAAAGCAGUUGCUCUUGAGGAGAGCUACUCGUCAGCGAAUGAACUUAUCAGAGCUCUUCGUCAACAGCUAGAGAUUGCCCACCACAAGUUGGAGGUGGCCGAAUCUCAACUGGAACUUAGUCGUGGUGAAAGUGCGAGUCAGAGCAUGAAAUAUGCGGAGGUUGUGGAGCGUCUAAUGGAGGCUGAGCAGAAGGUUAAGGAGGGCGAGCUGUUGAGAAGGAAGCUGCACAAUACCAUUCUGGAAUUGAAGGGUAACAUCCGCGUGUUUUGUAGAGUGAGACCUCUUAUGGUAGAGGAGGAGGAUGGGAAUGAGCAAGCCACUGUGCAAUUUCCAUCUAGCACGGAACUGCAAGGUCGUGCAAUCGAGCUUGCGCAACCCGCAGGGGGACCCAAGCAUUGUUUCCAAUUCGACAAAGUGUUUGGGCCUGAAGUGAAACAAGGUGGUGUAUUUGAAGAAAUCUCUCAGCUAGUACAGAGCGCCCUUGAUGGAUACAAGGUCUGUAUAUUUGCGUAUGGACAGACCGGGUCGGGUAAGACGCACACGAUGCUGGGAAAUCCAGAGAUACCUGAUGAAGGAGGCGUUAUUCCCCGCUCUUUGGAGCAGGUUUUCGCCUCCAGUCAAGCUCUUAUAGCUCAAGGCUGGAAGUUCUGCAUGCAGGCGUCGAUGUUAGAAAUCUACAAUGAGACAAUCCGAGACUUGUUGGCUAAAGGGCCAGUCAACGGCGAUGCUAAGCAGAUGUACGUGGUGAAGCAUGACCAGAGUGGUAAUACAACUGUGUCGGACUUGUCACUUGUGGAAGUCACCACCUGGAAAGAGGUUUCUAAUCUCCUGCACCGAGCAUCUCAGAGCAGGUCUACAAGUAAGACGGCAAUGAAUGAGCAGUCAUCGCGCAGUCAUUGCGUCUUCACUCUCCGAAUUUCUGGUGUGAACGAGGGAACCGAACAAGCGGUACACGGAGUUUUGAACCUCAUCGAUUUGGCUGGUAGUGAGCGUUUGUCUCGCAGUGGUGCCACCGGAGACCGUCUUAAAGAGACUCAGGCUAUCAACAAGAGCCUGGCUAGUUUGGGAGAUGUCAUAAUGGCAAUCGCCAACAAGGACCCCCAUGUUCCAUUUCGCAACUCCAAGCUCACCUAUCUCCUCCAACCUUGCCUAGGGGGAGAUUCAAAGACCUUGAUGUUUGUCAACAUCUCGCCUGAUAUGAAAUCCUUGAAUGAGUCCUUGUGCUCUCUCAGAUUCGCAGCCAAAGUGAACGCAUGCGAGAUAGGUGUUCCCCACCGCCAAACUUCUCUGAGCGUCCGCUCAAGUUAACUGGUAGCUACAUUAGCAUAUGUUAUUUUUUAGGCGGAGAUAUGUACUCUGGACUCACACUAUUCUGUGAUGUGAAGGAUCGAUCCGGGUCUUGACAUCUAUCCCGUGUAAGGUCCGUGAAAACCCAAUCUGCAACCUGUUUGUGUCGGAUUUUCUGUAGGACUAGAGAUCAUUCCGAUUGUAGAAUAUCUGUCCGAAAGUCAGCGGCUAGAUCAUGGUAUCAAGCUCAGACUGGUACAACUCUUGGAGUUUCUGGCUCCUGUAGUGCUUAGACUGGUUAAUUAGGCCUUUAUGUCGCAAACAUGUACAAAUGGACACACAAUUCUAUUCCUGCUACAGUCACUUAUCAGUGGAAAUUUUCACAUCAAGCUCUGCGCUUGAUGGUUUUGCUCCUGCUACAUGAGCUCAUCAUGAGAA